GGGCGGCGGCUGCAGUUGUCACCGGCAGCGGUGAAGGCAGGGCGAAGGGGGAGGGAGCUCCGUUCCCAGGACCGUCACUCCCCACCGCCGCCUUGACGGAGCCCUUCCCCCGUCUUCUCCAUCCAUUGCCGCAAUGACCACCACAACCAUCUUCUCGGGCAUGGACCCCAGCGGCAGGAACAGCUCCAGAGUGCUGCGUCCUCCUGGCGGCGGUUCCAACUUUUCCUUGGGUUUUGAUGAACCAAAAGAACAGCCCAUGCGAAAGAACAAAAUGGCAUCCAGCAUCUUUGGAACUCCUGAAGAAAAUCCACCUUCCUGGGCUAAAUCGUCGGGGACAAAGCCAGGUGAAAUCAGAGAAGACACUGAACCAUCUGGACCACAGAGAAAUUCAACUGAUGCUAACUGUGGAGACGUAGAUCCGAAGGGAGGAGAUGGCGGUGGUGAAACAUUUGAAAACAUUGAGGCUGAUGUAGAGGCUGCCCCAGGUCAGAAUGAAGAAAAAUCCCUGCCUGCUGCACCUGUUCCUAGCCCAGUAGCACCAGCACCUGCACCAUCCAGGAGAAAUCCACCCGGUGGCAAGUCCAGCCUAGUCCUCGGUUAAACCUUUCCUUUCCUGACUUGAACUUGUGUCUGUUUCUUGCCCAUCCCCCCACCCCCCAUGCUUGUGAACUGCACAACUUGAGCCUGACUGUACAUCUCGAAUUUCUUUCAAUUAAAAAGAAGCACUUUAUGUACUCCA